AUGCUCGCCCUCUCGUUCCGCGCCCCUCGUCCUGCCCCGCCCCGGCCAGCCCUCCAGCGAAGGUGGGCGGGUCGGCAGGCCAACCCGUGGGCCCACGUCGAGACCGCGACGCCAGAGAAGGCCCCCUUCCAGCUCCGAACAUGGGUACGCCGCGUCUCCCGCAUCGGCAACUUCGUGCUCGUCCCCUCGAUCAUCCUCUAUGCGGUCUUCGUCCACGACUUUGGCGACUACGAACACGUGUUUAGUCCGCCGAGGCGCUGGCUGCAGUCGCAGACCGCAGCCUUCUACACGCUCUCGCCGGAGGAACAAAAGCUCGCCGGGCUCGAGCCCGCGUCGGCCAACGCCGCGCCGACAACCGGGGCGUUACAGGGCGUAGGAAAGCCCUCGUAG